UUUACUAACCGAAAUACCAAAAACCGAAAAAAACCGAACCGAAACCGAACCGAUAUCCGGAUUGAACACCCCUAAUAGAAUCUACAAACUUUGAAGACCUAAAUCUAUAAGUAGUUAAUGAGAAAUUUUAUCCAUUUAAUUAGGAGAUAUAGCAUUAGCUUUUUUUUUUAAAUCUAACUUUAUAAUACAUUGGCGAUUUAGGAUAAAUAGAUGGAAAAGUUCUCAACAACUAUAUUAUAAGCUGGAAGUGAGGAGAGAAGAUCACAGAUGAGCACCACCAUGAAAAUCAUGUCUUUUGCUAUGCUACUUAUUCUCACGUUUUCUAUUUAUGUUGAAGGAUCCGACAAUUCGUUGUGCUGCAACACACAUGCGAAAUUUGGAGCGUGCAAAACACAACAAGAAAGAAAGAGAUGCAAGACUUGGUGUCUUAAAGGAUGUAAGAACAAGAAAGGCGGUUUUUGCAAACGUCUUCCGCGUGGAGCAGCACGAUGCCAUUGUUACUGCUAAAACAUAUGCUUUUGCGUUUGCAUAGAUUGCGAUACAUAUUAAUUAGUUUUAAAUCUUAAAUUGGAUAUGAAUAUGAUCUAUGUACCUUUUUCUUUUCUUUUUUGCUAAAUUGUAUAUAUCAUAUUGAUGAGCUGUAGAUUUUACAAAAUGCAUAAUCUAAGGCUUACACCACCUUGGCAGAAAAACAGAGAAAAAAAACAAGUUGAUGUAAAGACAGUGAACACACUAAAACAGGCUAAUGCAACCAAAUAGACAUCAGAGGUUUGAAGAGCUUUUUGUGUCUUCUU